UUUAUUUUUAAUCAACCUGUUUUGACGUUUUAAGCUAUGGAACUCGGUCCUUCUGGUCCAAGAGGCCCUUGGCUACAGCCGUACACUGUGUUUAUAGUUGCAAUCUUCUUACUCGUUGCCGUUUAGUCGCUUUAACCUCAGGCACUGGGCUAAAUUUGAAAUGAAACAUAAUGCAAGUUUAAUUGAGUUUUUUUUGUUGAGUUUUUGGUGAGUGUUGUGAUUGAUGAUAGUGUGCCUGAACUUCUAAAAGGCAAUUGAGAAAGUGUUACUUAACAGACUUGUCAGCAAUGUGUUAAAGCCAGUGUAAAUAAAGCCGUCAUCGUUCUCAAAGAGACAAACUGUUAGUUUAACCUAAAGGUCAUCCGGUCUCGGACAAGAGGAGAGGUUGAGAAAGAAGGACCUUCGUUGGUAACUUCAGGGAGAUUCUAAAAUGACAACAAAGAAGCUGUUGCUUUUAGAUGUCGACUGUGGGUUGGAUGAUGCUCAAGCAAUAAUGAUGGCUCUUGCAGCCCCUAAUGUGCAGCUCCUGGGUAUAACAUGUUGUCACGGAAACACAACCCUUGACAAUGUGUGUAGAAACGUGCUUCGAGUGCUAAGGGUAUGCCAGAGGACUGAGAUCCCUGUAUUCCGGGGAGCCUGCAGCUCCCUUCUUGGAGAGAGGUUGAAUGCUUCAACUUACCAUGGCAAGGAUGGCCUGGGGGAUGUUCCAGAUUCCAAUGCUCCAGGUUUGGAUCAGCUGCAAACAGAACAUGCGGUGAAUGCCAUGAUACGGAUGGUCACUGAACAUGCUGGUCAGGUCUCACUUAUCGCAGUUGGUCCUCUGACCAAUGUAGCUCUGGCAAUUAAAAUGGAUCCUACAUUCUCUACAAAGCUGAAACAUUUGUAUAUCAUGGGAGGAAACAUGGAAGGAAUAGGGAACACAACAAUUUGCGGAGAAUUUAACUUUGCAUCAGAUCCAGAAGCAGCUUCCAUUGUUCUGAAUCAGUUUGUAUGUCCAAUUUAUAUAGCCACAUGGGAAUACUGUUUACAUCACUCUCUACCUUGGGAGUUUUUUGAUGACUGGAUAAAUCAAGGCACAGAGAAGGCCCAUUUCAUGAAGAAGAUAACGGAACAUGUUGGAAAAUACGCUAAAGUCAAGCAAGGUGAUAAAGAAGUGCAUACUCAAACAGCAUUUGUGUCCUGUGAUUCUUUUGCAGUAGCUGCUGCUAUUGAUGAGAGUGUUGUUACUGAAUACAUGCAAUGCAAUGUAAAUGUGGAGUUACAGGGAGUACUGACCAGAGGGAUGAUGGUCCUGGAUAGACUCAGUCUUCAGAAGAAACAAAAUCGAGCCUUUGUUAUGAUGAAAUGUGAUAUUGACAAAUUCAAACAAUACUUGAUGUCUGCUCUGAAGUAGAUAGCAGGAAGCUUUCAUAGUGGUCUCAGACAAUUAAAGACCAGCAUAUAUAUUUUAUAGAUUGUAAAUGUAAUCAUUAAAGGUUAACAGGAACAGCUUGUUAAGAAGUUUAAAAACAAAAUCAAAAUCAUUUUAAAUUUGUCCUGACUGUGCAAAUAUUGACUUCACUCAGCCACUGUGUAAGAAUUCUGUCAGCUUUAUACUAUUGAUCUACCUCAUGGUAGAACAUAUAGAUAUGUAAUCAUUGACCCUUCAUUAGAACCAUAUUCCUGGAGAAGAGAAACAGAAUUCCAAAUUUAGUUGCAUACGUGAAGUCAAAAUACUGCAGCUGGUUGACAUAUGAAAUAUAAACUGAAAAUCCUGGAAUUAUUCUGAUCAGGCCAAGCAGCAUUUAUGGUGAGAAAUGAAUUCCUGUUUCAAGUUGGUCCCUUUUUAUCAAAAUGAUAAAGUUCACUCACUGUAACCCUUUCAAUCUGGUUUCCCUCCUUUAAAUCUCUUGUUAAAAGCCACCACUCUGACCAAGCUCUUGUUCAUCUCCUCCAAUAAUUACUGAAAGCAAAAUACUGUGGAUGUUAGAAAUCUGAAAUAAAAACAGUGCUGGAGAAACAACAGAUCUGACAGCAUCUACAGAGAGAGAAACAGUGUUAAAGGUUUGAGUCCAGCAAGACUCUUCUGUGAUCUCCUUGUGUAUUUCCAUGUCAGUUUAGUAACCUGUGAAGUAUCUUGGGAUGUUUUGUUAAAUUGAAUAUGGUAUUUUUUGUUAUUUCAACAUUUUUUUUAAUGUUUGUAUAUGGGAUGUUGGCUAGGCCAGCAUUUAUGUUCAUUCUGGACCAUAGCUUAAUUUUAUCUUUCAAUCCAUCAAAAGCUGUUAUUCCCUUUUACCUUCUGGUUAACUGUCUUUGCCCCUUCUAGAACCUUCCUCUAAUUCUUCCAGACUCUUCUUUCAUUUUGUUUUCCCUAAUCACAUCUCUCCAAUUAAUUUUAGUUUUUUAAAGAAUUUUCUCUGACCUCAAUGAUGAUUCUGUUAUCUAAUCAAUGCUCCUGUCCAACCUUUUAAAAUUUUUGUUGUUUCUACCCCUGCACUCUGUAGUUGCUUAAAACCCGUUAGAGCUGGAGCAUUUCCCAGUUGUGUUGAAAGGAUAUUAAAUUGAAAAUGUUAACUCUGCAAAUGCUGUUUCCCCUCUGCAAAUGCUGCCUGAUCUGCGGACCACUUUCAUUGCUCUUUGUUUCAGUUACUUGUAUGAUUUGGGUGAGGAGAAAGGGAAAAAAAAGACUGAGGAAUAAUCUAUAUUAUUUUAUAAAAGAAAACAUGUUAUCGAGUUAUCUCAAAUUAAUUUUAGAGAUUUGAAGACGAUGUUUGAGAGAGGAAUCAUGACCAGAAUACAGGGGAAUUUCUACAUUGUGCAUAUGAUGCCAGGAAAUCUUUACAACCAAUUUAAAAUCCAGACAAAACCAUUAGCUAAUCUCUCAUGCAAAAAGGUGGAAACUCAAACUGAAAAUGAUGUUAAACAAAUCUCACAUUUUGCAGAACUACAUGAAACAUUCACCUGAAUCAAUCUUAUAGAAUCUAAGAAGAUAAGGAAAACAAAAUAGGAAAAAACUUUUCAGAUCUUACAGUGUUUAUGCUUUCUUGCUGUUCCAUCAUUUUUUUCUGUGAAAUGUGGACUCAGAAAUUUCAAUCUAUCUAUUCAUAAAGUACAGUUUUGAGGGAAAUCUUUGUAUUUUAAAUUUUUUUGUGAAAACAUCCACUAUUCAAUGAGACGGCUAAUGAUGUUCCAUAUUAACACUUCCAACGCCCUGCAUUUAUUAAGAAAAAUAGAUAACUUGCAUAAUGAGCACCAAAGCAAUACAACUACCAACUGUAAGAGCACCUUUGUUUGGCCGUUUGUAUGUUUAUCCCAGAAUAAACUGAUUUUGUUUGAUGUUUAGUCUUUAAGUGCUGCAUAAGGAUCCACCUAUUCACUCCUCCUACCUCACCUACCAAUCCCCACGCCUACCUGCGCUCACGUAUCACCAUCCCACCCACCUUACCCAGCCCCACCCCUCCUCUCUAUUUAUUUCAAAGCUCCCUUCCCCUGCCCCUAUUUCUGAAGGAGGGUCCUGGCCCGAAAUGUCAGCUUUCCUGCUCCUGUCAUGUUGCCUUACCUGCUAUCCUCCUCCAGCUCCACACUGUUAUCUCAUGUUCAGCUGGGCUGGUGUGGAGUGAUGUUUGCUCGGAUCCAUAAUUUGGCCUCCCUCAUCCUGACGUGUAACCCCAGUCAGCCAAACCCAAUCCAUUAUCUACAUGGAUGUUGAAACUGGCUAAUAUUUUGCAAGGAGAAAGCAUAAUGUAGGCAUGCUUACUUUGUAACGAGUUCUCCAAAUCCCACAUUCAUUACAUUGGGACGUUAGAAAUAAAAUCAAGUAGGUGAGAUUCUUUGCUCUUUUAAUAAAGCAGCAACUGAAUUCAUCUUUGUUACAUGCCAUGUGUUUCUGUCAUCAUUAAGCAAGUUACUGAACCACGUUUGAGUUAAUUUUGUUUCUUGUACUCAAUUAUAAGAUUUUUAAAGCUGUACCAACCGUAGUACAUUAGUACUGUACUAAUGCAAAAGUAAUCAAGAACUAGUCUGGGUAGGAUACUCCGAGGGUCACUGUGGUCUAGUUGGGCCGAAGGGCCUGUUUCCGCACUGUAGAUAUUCUAUGAUUAAAGUCUGUCCAGGAAUGUUAUUACACCUUCUAUAUCUCAGCUUUAGUAUUCAGUAUCAUUUAAAACCCCCUAGUUAAGCAUUCAUGUCCUGACAUCAGAAUAAAAGGGGCAGUAUUCAGUACUUUCAGAAGCUGUAUAUCUCUGUAUGUAGAGGUUCGCUUUAUAAAGAAAAUUUGAUAAAUUCCUAAGAACAUUCUACCCAUCAGUCAUUGAGGCAAAUUUGUCUUUCCCUUUCUUAUUCAACUUCGAGUAAAAUACAUAUACUAAUAUUAGCAGUGACCAAAAUUAUUGUUGUCGGUCUUAAGAAUAUAAUCUUGUUUUAGGACAAACGUUUUUGAUCGAUGCUGGCUAUUCUGGAGAAUGUUGGCAUUCCUAAAGAAACCAGAUGUUAUUAUCAAGCAAGUGCCUAGUACUAGUUAUUGCUUUGUUGAUUGAUAUCUGUCAUUGUAAUGUUUUGUAAUCAUGUAUUAAAUAUAAUGCAAACUAGGUAGUGGUUCUGGAAAUAUUUAUCUGCAUUUCAAACUACCUUUUUACAUCAAAACUAUAAAUUAAUACAAGUUCUGUACAAUAUCUUGUGUACAUUAAUUGACUUGAUCAUUAGAAUGAAUAAAUAAAAUAUGACCAAAUUGCACUAAUA